CUACAGCGUCACAGAUCGGGGGCGGAGUUACCGCCUCACUUCAGGAAAUUCAUCGUACAUGUCCGUGUAGUAAAGUCAGUGGUUACCUAUGGCGGUUACAUGGCUAACGAUGUAAACAAAAGUAGUUAUACGCACUGAAACUAGCUCAUGUUAGCUGCUAAGGUUUGCUAACAAUGUUAGAAACUUUAAUGACGUGCGUACUGCACUUAGGCUUUGACACAAUUAAAUCAAGUAAGGUGCUGUAACGUUAGUUACUUCAUUUCAACUCAGGCAAAUAACUGGCGUCAACUAACUUAGCUAGCUAGCUAGUUAUGUUUAGCUAUCGUUAGCUAGUCACGGUAAUGAUGCCGCGGAGGUUGCUUUGUUAGUUAACGUGAGGCAAGUUAACGUAAAGUUAUUAAACGCCGACAGUAUCACUUCAGGAUGGAGGCUCUGGGAUCGCUGCAAAAUCCUGACCUGAGCUCUGUCCUGUCAUCGUGUGAGCCAGAGCUUCAGGAGCUGAUGAGACAGAUUGACAUUAUGAUCAAUCAUCAGAAGAGGGAGUGGGAGGCUGAGAUUCAGGCCAUGGAGCUCAGGCUGAAAAGUGGGGAAGAAGAGCUGUUGACUUCCAGGAAUCUCCUUGAAAGGAGGAACUUGGAGAUCGGAUUGCUCCGCAAGCAGCUAGAAGAAGUCCAGCCCAGUCGACAAGACGUAGUUACCAAGUACGAGCAGCAACUGCACAAAGUCCGAGAAGAGUUGGAUAAAUUAAAGAGAAGUUAUCUCAAGCUUCAGCGCAAACAGCUCAAGGAGACCAAUGGAGUUCCAAAUACCCAAGAGGCAGACCGUUCAGAGGUGACCCGACUCAAUAAGAAGAUUGAGGAAUAUCAUCAGCACUCUGUAGAGUGGGAGCAGCAGCGUAUCCAGUACCAAAAACAAGUGACAGCGCUGGAGACCCAAAAUAAGAGCCUGACUGAUGAGCUCACACACCUGAAAUCCCAGUGGGCAUUGUGCCAAAAGGAGAGCGAGCACAGGGAGGGAUUCGAGAUGCUGCGUCUGCGUCUGCAGCUGGAGAAUGCUCAGGGCAGCCUGCACUCACAGGAGCUUGAACUGGAACGCCUCCGACCGCUCGAGAAAUGGGUGGGACAGAACCAGAGAGAACAGCAGGUCCCUGCAGAGGAAAGGGAGGAACUGGGAUCCCAGAACCCAUUAGAGCGAAGAGCCGGUCUUGAACGCCAACGGCUUCACAAUGGAGCUGCCAGACUCCACCAAGCUCUGCAAGCUAAAGAUCAAGUCAUUCGCUCUCUGGAGGACUGCCUGGCAGCGCGGGACGGCACUGGUGUGGAAGUCCUCAGACAAGAUCUGGAGAAGACCGCAAUCAGGUUUUACAGCGCCGAAGCAAGCGAGGCUCAUCUUAGAGCUGAACUUGCAUGUUGUAAAGAGAGACUGGAGAAAGUGAGCGGACAGAAGACGGAGGACCUGAGGAGCAUUAAGGCCCAAAAUGAUUCCUCUGUUGCUGAAAUAAAAAAGCUCAGAGAAGAGCUGCAAAGGGCCAGGCAGACUCACAGCGGUGAGGUGGAGGGAAUGAGGAAGGAGGUGUCUAAGCUGACCGCCGAGCUGCACCAACGUGACGUCACCAUCGCCACACUGAAAGGAUCUUCAUCCAACGUCCCGCCUCAGCUCCGUGGCCAGGUGGAGCCAGGAGAACCGAAGGCAGCUGAGCUCAGAGAGCCUCUGUCAGUGUCGCCUGCAGAGAGCAUGGUCUCUCAUUUCCUGGAGGAAGAGAGCUUUCUGGCCAAGCAGCUGGUCCAGAGACUGGACACCCACAUCCAGGGGCCGUUUCUAGGCAUCCAUCUCAGCUCAGUGGCUGAUGAGCAGAUUGGAGGCUCUGCACUCAGCAUGGCCCUAGGAGACAUCGUUAUCUGGCCUGGAAGCGUUGGCUUUACCCGGCCAUCUGCUUCCACGGGGGACUGCACUGAUGGGGAGGGGGAAGGGGAGCAUGUGUGUAACCUGAGAUUCAUUGUUCAGACUUGUUGUCACUACCAUUUUGGAUCCACAAAUGCUGGUGUGGAUUAAGAAAAUGUUAUGAGAUGAGCAACAGCGGCUGGACUGUUAAAUAGUUGGAACAUUUGUUCACAACUGCAAGGGGAAGUGCAGCUGAUGUGACGUUAAAUGGUUCUUCCACCUGCUCUCAACAUAAUGGCUUUAGAAUGGGAUCCAGAGAAAUGGGAAGAUGAACUUGAAUAGGUUCUCUCAAUGAUGAAA